UCGUCUGGAGCGGUUCAAAUUUUAUCGUGUAUAUUGGUGCAAGAAUUGGACUACAACAGUAUGGCGCAACGAGUCGAGAAAGCAUCACCAACACAGCGGAUUAGGGAUCGCUGGCUAGCUAAAUCCAGUGUAUCUCUGCCUACCUCGGAGAAUGUACGGUGGCACCUUUUCGGGAUGGACUUCCCUGUGGAUGUCCUGGGGUCUUUGAGCCAAGAUGACCUGGAGCACUCAGCAGAGCAUUACAUGUCUCAGCUUCUCUACAGCAACCCAGACAGGCCAGAGCAUUUCACACUUCCCGACUCCACACAGAUCCCCAUCGGCCUGUCCAAUGUGGGAUUUGUUCCCCUCUAUGGAGCUGACCUCAAACAGAAGGUGCUGGCUCUCUUCACACCCGAAGACCAGUUCACAGCUGUAGCACUGUACCUGGUGGAUCGGUGGUGGGCUGUGGAAGACAUUCUCAAAACUUCAGACCGCUCUCGUAACGGCCUGCUGCAGGUGAGGACUCUAGGGGAGAGGAUAGUGCUGUAUGUUCUCAACCGCAUAGUUUACAGAACCAAGGAAAUGGGCAAAAAUGAAGUACCUUUUCUUUGCCACAGUGAAAACGAUUAUGCCAAAAUCCUCUGGAAAGAUUGUGAGGCUAUUGGCUUUUACUCAGUCAAACCUGAAGGCAGCUUGUGUAGUAGCUUCUUGACCCAGCGUUAUCAGCUUCCUGUCAUGGAUUCCAUAUUUGUCAGGAAGGCACACCGUGGUAACGGACAUGGCCUUCAGAUUUUGGAAGACUUUGUGGAUUGUUUCAAAGAGAGUGCUCUUGGCUUGAAAUACCCUCUCUCUCCUGCCAUGUACAAAGUAUGUGAACAGUAUCUGUACACAUACCCAGCAGACAAGGAGCUGCUCUGGGAAGUUGAGAGUGUUGGAGGCCCUUUCCAGAGGUCUCCAAUAGCCAACAAGAUUGAGUCAUUGACUUUCAGAGCGGAAGACUUGUCUUUGCUUCAGGAAUCAGGGAGGGCUGAAACAGUCACACAGCAAGAAACAGUACAAAAAACUGUGACCACCUCUAUUGAAAUAACAGAAGAAGUAGUGAUUGUCAAUAAGCAUAUCAAAGUGGCAGAAGAGGUUGAGGACACACCUGUUUCAACACGCACCAGGAGUAGUGAAUUCAGACGAAAGAGGCUGAGAGAGGAAAUAGAAGUUGUUGAAGAGAGUCUGCCAGGGAAAAUUAAUAGGGUGGAGGACACUGCUGUGGAGGUGGGAGCUCCCGCUGAGGAGCUGGUGGCCGAUGAGGCAGCGGAGGAGAAGGAAGAGGAACCGGGCCCUGCUGAUGAGGAAAUGGAGGAGGCUGCUGCCCCACAGGAGCUGCCACAGGAAGGGGCCCUAGAGAAGGAGCCAGUCAUGGAAGAUGAGUCACUGGAGAAGGCAGAGGGGGAGCCCAUGAAUGGCAAUGUGAUAACGGACACAGAGCUAGAGGGAGGCACAGCAGAUCAAGUUUUGGAGGAGCCAGCACCUGUGCAGGAGGAUGACUCUCAGGUGGAGGUGGAGGGGGAGAAGGAAGCCGAAAUCGCAGAGGAGGCCUCUCAGGACACAGCAGAGAGUGAGGCACAGGAUACUGUAGAAGCAGGUUCUGAAGAAGAGGCUAAAGGAGAGGCUCCAUUAGAGCCAGAAGAACCUGCUCCUGAAAUGGAAGACACAUGUGUAACAGAGCCUUCAAAAGAAGCACCAGAGGAAGACCAGGGAAAUGAGGACAAGCUGAGUGCUGAAGCAGAUGCUCAGCACAAGUCCAGUCCCCUUGCAGAAGAGGUACCGGAGGAGGAAAGUAGGGAAGAGGCACAGGCCCCCAUGGACUUCUGCGAGGAUGCUGUCCUGCUGGUUGGCCUUAAGGAGGUCUCAUAUGAACCGUCUGAGAAGGGUGAGAGUGACCAAAUAGUAUCUGAGGUUGAAAAGAUACUGCAAAAGGAAGGGAAUGAAGAUGAGGAAGAGGAAGAAGAGGGGGAAGAAAUGAAUACCACAAGUACCACAGAUGAAACUUCACUUUUGGACAGGAGACUAAGGCGGAAGGCAGAAGUGAUUACAGAAACAAGUAUACGUAGAUCCAAACGACUCAGUAAACGAGUGCAAGAGGAUGAUAAUGACCAACCAACAGCAAAGAAGACGCCUAAAGCAAAAGCUAAAGUGGAGAAGGAGGAGAAGAAAAAGGGAAAAGGUGCUGCAAGCCCUGCAAAUGAACCUUCAUUUGUCGACAAGAGAGUUCAAGUGAGGAAGACUGAAGUAGUCACACCAACAACCACACGUAGAUCCAGUCGACUCAGUAAACAAGUAGUGGAGGAUGAUACAGCAGAGAGCUUAGACAAGGCUGAUGAGGGUACAGUUGUGGGCAGGAGAGUUUUGAGGGGGAGGACAAACAUUUUCGUCACAACACCUAAGCGCAAAUAUACAAGACGAAGCAAACAGCAAGAGAUAGACCAGGCAGAAGCUGGAGACUCAGAGAAGGAGGAAGAGACGGUAGGGGGUGAGGAAAAUGUGGAUGUGGAGGAGGAGAAAUCAAGAAAAACAGAUGGGCCUCCAGUGAUGGAAGGGAGGGUUCUGAGAAACAAGACAGUAAUAGUCAAUGAAACGUCUACACGUAGAUCCAGACAUCUCAGCAAACAACCACCAAAGGAGGUUCUGAACGAGGAAGCAGCAGUUACAGAGACAGAAAAUGAAAAGGUGGAAGAGGUCAGGAUGGAGGAGGAGGAGGAAAAGGUAGCAGAAGAGGAGGAAGCAAAGGCAGAUGAAGUGGAGGAAAAGGUGGCAGAGGAAGAAGAGGGGGAAAAGGUGGAUGAAGAGGGGGGAAAGGUAGCUGAGGAAGAAGAGGGGGAAAAGGUGGAUGAAGAGGGGGAAAAGGUAGCUGACGAAGAAGAGGGGGAAAAGGUGGAUGAAGAGGGGGGAAAGGUAGCUGAGGAGAACCAAUUGGAAAAGGUGGCAGAGGAGGAGGAAGGGGAAAAGGUGAAUGAAGAGGAGGAAAGGAUGGAGGAAGGUGAGGAUAAAGUAGAAAAUACUGAGAAAGAAGAGGAGAAUCAAGAAGAUGAGAAGGUGGGGGAGGUGGAAGAAAAUACGGACAAAGAAGAUAAGGAAGCAGAUAAUGUGGUAGUAGUAGAGGAGAAGAUUGUGGAAGAAGAGAGUGUGAAGCUGGGGGUGGAAGAAGAAGAAGAUAAAGCUGAAGAAAACAUUGUGGAAGAAAAGGAGGGUCAGCAGGAUAAUGUGGGGGUGGAGGACAAAAUUGUAGAGGAAAACAGUGAAAACCAGGGGAUGGAAGAAGAGGAUGAUAAAACUGAAGAAAACAUUGUAGAUGAAAAUGAGAGUCAGGAAGAAGAAAAAGUGGGGGAGGAGACAGAGGAGGAUCAUGCUGUAGUGGAGAAGGAGAGGAUCGUAGAGGAAGAGGAAGAUAAAGUUGCAGAAGAUGUUGCAGAGGAAAAUAUUGAGGUGGAAGAACAAGAAAAGGUGGAAGAGGAAAAAGGUGAGGACAGUGUUGGGGUGACAGAGCAGGGUGAGAAAGAGAAACCUGAAGAGGAAAACGCAGAGAUGCAGCAAAACAUCGAGGGAGAAGUAGAAAUGGAAGAGAAGGAAGAAGAGAAAAAGACUGAUGAAACUGUUGAGGCGGAAAACAAAGAAGAAGAAGAACAUGAAAAAGAGGAAAGUGAGAAGACCACAACUGCUGAGCCAGAAGUACAUGUUGCAGAAAAGAGCUCAGAUUCAGAAGAUGAGCCUGAGGUGGUGGAAAGAAGAGUUCUGAGGAAGAGGACAGAGAAGGAGGAGGAAAAAGUGGUGGAGGAGGAGGCAGAAAAGGGAGUUGAGGAGGCAGAAAAUAUGGAGACAGAAGAACAGGAAACGGUACCAGAGGACAAAGGUGAGGACAGUGUUGGGGUGACAGAGCAGGGUGAGACAGAAAAGCCUGAAGAGGAAAAUGCAGAGAUGCAGCAAAACAUCGAGGGAGAAGUAGAAAUGGAAGAGAAAGAAGAAGAGAAAAAGACUGAUGAAACUGUUGAGGAGGAAAACAAAGAAAAAGAAGAACAUGAAAAAGAGGAAAGUGAGAAGACCACAACUGCUGAGCCGGAAGUACAUGUUGCAGAAAAGAGCUCAGAUUCAGAAGAUGAGCCUGAGGUGGUGGAAAGAAGAGUUCUGAGGAAGAGGACAGUAGUCACUGCAACACCUAAACGCAGAUCCAAACGACGUAGCAGACAACCAGCAAAGGAGAAAGAGAACAACCAAGCAGCUACAGCUGAACCAGAGGAAGAGAAACAGGAGAAGGUAAAGGAGAACAGGGUCCAACAGAAUACCACCACAUCAGCUGAGAAGGAAAGAGUAUUGGCAGAUGAGCCUUCAGUUGUAGAGGAAAAAGCAGAAGAAAACAAGGAAGAGUCUGCUGCAGAAAAGGAGAAUUCUCUUGCUAUUGAAGAGGAAGCAGAUGCUGUAGAAGAGAGCUCAGAUAAAGCAGUUGAAUCUCCAGUGGUGGUAACCAGAGUGCUGCGCAGGAGUACAAAAAUAUCCACAACAACACCUAAACGUGGGUCCAGACAAUACAGGAAACGACCUCUGAAAGAAGGUUCAGAGGAGCCAGUGGAAGAGGUGAAAAAGGUGUUGGUGAUACAGUUGGGGGAAAAGUUGGACCUGAUGGUAGCAGAAGAUAAAGAAAAGUCCUCUGCGACCACAGAGGGGGUGGAGGAAGAAUUAAGAAUGGAGCUGGAUGAACAUAUGGAGGGUGAGGACAUGGACAGAGAAAAUGGAGAAGAGGCAAAGACUUCUGUGGCAGAACCAGAAAAAGGAAAAGAGGAAGAGGUGAAACAGGCCGAAGCUGAACCAACAGAGGAGCAGCAGGCCGAAGCAGAGCCAACAGAGGAGCAGCAGUCUGAAGCUGAACCACCAGAGGAGCAGCAGGCCGAAGCAGAGCCAACAGAGGAGCAGCAGUCUGAAGCUGAACCACCAGAGGAGCAGCAGUCUGAAGCUGAACCACUAGAGGAGCAGCAGUCUGAAGCUGAACCACCAGAGGAGCAGCAGUCUGAAGCAGAGCCAACAGAGGAGCAGCAGUCUGAAGCAGAGCCAACAGAGGAGCAGCAGGCUGAAGCAGAGCCAACAGAGGAGCAGCAGGCCGAAGCAGAGCCAACAGAGGAGCAGCAGUCUGAAGCUGAACCAGUAGAGGAGCAGCAGUCUGAAGCUGAACCACCAGAGGAGCAGCAGGCUGAAGAAGAGCCACCGGAGGAGCAGCAGGCUGAAGCUGAACCACCAGAGGAGCAGCAGGCUGAAGAAGAGCCACCGGAGGAGCAGCAGUCUGAAACAGAACCAACAGAGGAGCAGCAGUCUGAAGCUGAACCAGUAGAGGAGCAGCAGUCUGAAGCUGAACGAGUAGAGGAGCAGCAGGCCGAAGCAGAGCCAACAGAGAAGGAGGAAGAGACAACAACAAAAGAUGAGGAAGAACACGAUGAAGAUGUUGAGCAGGAAGAAAAGAUGGCAGAGGAAGAAAAGAUAAAAGAUGUGGAAGAAAACAUAGAUGAUGUUGGUACCAUUGAGGAAGAGAGCAAAGAAAAGGAUGUGAUGGAAAUGGAGAAAAACUCCAAAGUAAAGGUCUCAACAAGAGAGGAUGGAGAAGUUCUUCUGCAGCUGAGCUCAGAUGAGGCAGAGGAGCCUCCAGUGGUGAGUAAGAGAGUUCAAAAGAGGAAGUCAAAUGCAACACCGAAACGCAGAUCAAAACGACUACAGAAGGGGGAUAAGAAUGAAGAAGCAGCGGAAGACUCGUCGGAAGAGAAGACUGAAGAAAAGGAGGAAGAAGAAGAGAGGGCUGCGUCCUCUGAGGAGGAUGCGGCCAAGAUGCCUGCAAACCGGAGAGUCCUAAGAAGGAAGAGGAAAGUGGUUGAUAUGACACCUCAGCGCAGGUCAAAACGGCACAGCCGGACCUAAGUGUGGGGUUCAUGCGGUCUGUUUUUUUUUUUUUUUUUGAAUUUAGAAUAGUGCAGGGAUUUGAGGUGGGAAGGUUGGCUGGCACUGGG